AUGGUCCAAGUGACGGUGCUGGACUACGGCGCCGGCAACGUCCGCAGCCUCAAGAACGCCAUCCACGCCGCUGGUCACUCCGUAAAAGAUGUGACAUGUGCUGCUGACAUUCGGGCCGCCGCGGUGCUCAUUUUCCCUGGCGUCGGGAACUUUCGAGCCGCGAUGGAAUUCCUGAUCUCAAGUGGCUACAUUUCGGAAGUGCGCGCGUACGUGGCUGCCAACCGCCGGUUUCUGGGCAUUUGUCUAGGGAUGCAGACGCUGUUUGAAGGCUCUGAAGAGUGUCCCGAGCUGCGUGGAUUAGGGGUGCUCAAGGGUACGGUCGCCCGGUUCUCGUCCGACCACGUGGUCGUGCCUCACAUUGGCUGGAACGGGCUCGUCGCUCGGAAACACUCGGCGCUCUUCUCGGCGCUGCCUGUUGCAAUGGCAGAGGCGAAAGUGUACUUUGUGCACUCGUUCCGAGCGAUGAAGACGGACAAGAACGCCGACUGGGUGCUCACGACGACGAACUACGGCGACGUGGAGUUCAUCAGUGCCGUGCAAAAGGGGAACGUCAUGGCUACACAAUUUCAUCCCGAGAAGAGUGGAGCAGUGGGCAUUGCUAUGCUGAAGGGGUUCUUGGAGACGCGGGAUCUGCCGAAUCAUGAUGCAGUGGUCCCGAUACCAGCGGCUGUACUACGGACGACGUUGUCGAAACGGAUCAUUGCGUGUUUGGAUGUCCGGGCGAAUGAUCAAGGAGAUUUAGUUGUGACGAAAGGAGACCAGUAUGAUGUGCGAGAGAGCUCGAGUAUCAUGAGAGAAGGCAACGUCCGUAACAUGGGGAAACCGGUCGAUCUGUGCAAACGGUACUUUGACGAGGGAGCGGAUGAAGUGGCGUUCCUCAACAUUACCAGUUUCCGUGAACAGCCGAUGGGAGAUUUGCCGAUGGUGCAGGUACUGGAGGCGAGUUCCGAGUGCGUGUUCGUGCCCCUUACUAUUGGUGGCGGAAUUCGUGACUACGUGGACGACCAGCAGAAGAUCCACUCGGCACUCGACGUGGCAGCAUUGUACUUCCGCUCGGGUGCGGACAAGGUUUCAAUUGGAAGUGACGCGGUGUACGCGGCCGAGAAGUACUAUGCUAAUGGUGGUCGAGGUGACGGAUUGAGCUCCAUCGAGACUAUUUCUGCCGUAUACGGUAACCAGGCCGUUGUGGUGUCCAUGGACCCGAAGCGGGUGUACGUUGCGUCGUUUUAUGACGAAAACGCCAAGGGCCACAAUGUCGUCAAGCUGUCGCGACCUGGUCCGAAUGGUGAAGAGUACUGCUGGUACCAAAUGACCGUGCGUGGCGGGCGUGAGACUCGCAAUAUUGAUGCAGUGCAGCUGGCUCGAGCUGUUGAGGCUCUCGGUGCUGGUGAGUUACUGCUGAACUGCGUGGACAUGGAUGGUCAGAAGGCUGGGUACGAUUUGGAUCUGAUUUCGCUCGUGAAGAAGUCGGUGCGUAUCCCGGUGAUUGCGUCCAGUGGUGCCGGUAAACCAUCGCACUUCACGGAGGUUUUCGAGAAGACGAAUUGCGAUGCUGCCCUUGCAGCUGGUAUCUACCACCGAAAGGAGGUGUCCAUCCACGACGUCAAGGCUCGAUUGCGGGCAGACAAGAUCGAAGUGCGUCUGUGA